AUGUCAUCAGCCAUUGGGAGCACGACCAACCCUGUCAGCACGGCUGAAAUUGAACGGUACAUGAAGCAGGAUCAGGAUCAGCCAGACGUCACUCACGAUGCCCCUCUGGCUACCACGCCAGCCCAACAACUUCCUCAAAACAGCAAGGCAUUAACCCAAGAGCGAGCUCUGAUAAGGCAUGUGCAAACUCAAAGUACCGACAGGAAUCUAACUGACCCAAGUUUCAGGUCUCCUGCCGAGCUCUCAACUGAAAUGCUCACAGCUGCGCUCGAACGUGCAACACUGGACUCACUGCCAAAUGCACGACUAGUGCUGGCCUCGACCGGGCCGCUCAAGAGUUCGCACAGUAUUCCUCUAAAAUCCAGUAUAGGGGCCUGGGGUAUGGUCGGUAUUGUGCAACGCACGCAAGAUGUCAACUUCACUAUCUGCCUUCCAUUUUACGACCCUCCGAGUGACAAUACGUCUCGGAUGAUACCCAACCAACUCGUUUGCAAGAUAUAUUAUGAUCCCGGCCGGGAGUCGUGUUUGUUUCUCAAUGCGUCUAUAUUUGAAAUCACUCUGACUUACCUGGGGCCGAAAACGACUGAGAAAGUUGUAUCUACUGGCAAACAACUUGAAGUUUGGCCCGGGCUAUGGAGGAUUACGUACACAUCGGAAAAGUUCGGGACUCUUCAGCACCUCGUCGAUUUCUUGAUUUUGCGCAAAAAAUUCAAGAUUUUCACGCAACGCCCUCAGCAGGCCGCAUCCGAGUUUCCGCUGAAACAUAAAAUCGAGGAUUCUCAACAUACGGCUUCCAAACGACGCAAGGGCGAUGACAAUAUCUUGGAGACUAUAGUCGCCCCAGCCACGAAACCUUUGUCUUCAACCGUUGCAAAUCAAGCGGCAGAACACGGACCCGAGACUCGGCAACUCCAGCUUGUUCAAUGCAAGGGGACACCGUUCCUCCCUCUGGAAAACGGUGAUGUGGCAAUUGUACGCAGCACCUUGCAAAAUCCAGAGGAAGGUGAACAUCAUUCUCCCGACCCAGCCAACUAUGAGCUUACCCGAAUAAAGCUACUAGGCAAAACCACGGCUACAGUAGUCUUUGCUGGCCGCCACUCGGGUUUGGAAAAAGACAUAGCGGUGAAGGUGAUGAGAUACAAAGGCGAAAGCCGGGGCCAGCUAGUACGCAGUGCAGAUAGUUGGGAGAGAGAAAAGAAAAUCUUGGAGCCUCUCGACCACCCUAACAUUAUGUCACUCAUAGAGUUCGAUGGCCGUCUCCUCGCCCUUUACGUUGAGCUACUUCCUCGUUCCCUCCGCGAUGUACGGCCUAGACUUGAGCAUGCUAGCGAGAUCCUUCACAACAUGGCAUCUGCCCUUGACUACCUUGGCAAAAUGGGCAUCGCCCACAACGACAUAAAGCCAGGAAACAUUGCAUUCUCACCAGCGCGUGGCGCAGUCCUAAUUGACUUUGGCAUGGCGACCACAUUAGGGCAUCACAGAGCUGGGGGGACGCCCAAGUAUAUGGCGCCCGAGUAUUGGACCUCGAGCUCAUCGAGCUCUGCCGGUGAAGUGUGGGCUCUUGGAAAGACGAUGCUUUACGUGCUUGGGAAGGUCGUUGUCCCUGAAGAAUUUGGCAAGAAUGUUGACAUAGUGAAGUUUGAGAAGGGAGAUCCAGACGAGCGACUGGCAUUGAACACAUGGUUAAAAAUUGUUGGCGGAUUGAGAGAUAAGCUCUCGAAAGAUUUGAUUGAAGGGGUUGUUCACAGAAUGCUGGAGACCGAUGUCAAGCUAAGGAUCCCAACAGCCAAAAUCUUGGGAUUUUUAGGCCAGAUCAAGCAACUUAGGUCUGACUAG